CCAUUUUUCAUUUAGAUUAUUGUUUCACCCCCACAACAACACCAACAACAACACCAGAACCCACGACAACAGAAAGCUCACUGACAACAGCCCGUGUGGAUUGCUCCUCUGACUCGAUGAACAUUGCCAUCCGUAAAUCCUACCUGGACUCACUGGGAUUCAGCUGGUACGACCUUUAUCUUGAUGACCAUCGCUGCAGAGCUUCAACUGACAACUACUAUGUCACCUUCAACUUCCGUCUCCAUAGCUGCAGCACCAGGAGAACGACCGAGAAUGGACGUAUUAUCUACACCAAUAAUGUGCGAGCAGCUCAGCCAACGUCGGAUGAGAUCACCCGAAAUAAUACAGUUUUCCCGUUGGUUGUGAGAUGUGUGAUGGAGCGUGAUUCUUCAGUCGAGAUUCUUUAUGAGGCCAAAGAGAUUACAAAUGCAGCUAUCACUGGAACGGGUCGGUUCAACACCACCAUGGCCUUUUACCCAUCCAGCAGCUUUUACUACCCCAUCACCGAUUCCCCGUACCGAGUGAACCUCAAUCAGCAACUGUACGUGCAGGUGCAGCUAACCCCAGCCGAACCAAGCCUCCAUCUGUUCAUGGACUCCUGUGUGGCCUCGCCAAACCACGACUACAGCAGCCGCACCUAUGACCUUAUACGCAAUGGCUGUCGGAGAGACAACACGGUAAACAUAUACAGAAAUGGAAAUCGUUACUUCGCUCAGUUCAGCUUCAGCGCAUUCAAGUUCCUGCGCACACACAACCAGGUGUUCCUCAAGUGUGAUGUCAUUAUCUGCCCUGACAACGACUACAACUCACGAUGUCGCCAAGGAUGCCGUUAUCGCAGGAAACGAAGCACUAGCUCUGAUCACCACACUGAGGUCCUCAUCCUUGGGCCAAUCACACUCAAAGGUCCAGAGGAGGCUGAGGCCAAGACGGAGGACAAGGAGUGAACUCACACUGACUGAUUAAUUAAUCACUUAAAUAUAGUUAACACUGAAUAAUAAUCUGAAUAAGCUUCCUCUAUUAAAGCAUUAUCUAAAGGCAA